AUGAUAAAACCGAAAUUUCAAUUAUUAACUAUUCGUGCUUUUACUGCUCCAUCUAAAUUUAAACAAGGUAGAUGGUUUAAGCCAUCAUUUGUGUUUUUAUCAAUUGCUGCUACAUCUACCAUAGUGAGUAUCUCAUAUUUGAUCAAUUCAAAUGUAAUAACAAAGAAACCAACUGAAUUACAAAACGAAUAUUUCAUACCGUAUCUUAUUUCACGGCGAGUGGUAAAUGAUCCUAAUCAUUUCAUAUUAGAAUUGACUCCACAAACACCGCAAAAGGUUAAUAUAUGGUCUCAGUUGACCAAUCGGUCUCUUUGGUCUGUCGAAAUUAAACAACCAGAAAUUAUGGUAGCAAGAAAUUAUACCCCAUUACCUCUAAAAUUUGUCAAUGAUGAAACUGACAAAUUAACGGUAAUUUCCUCUAAAAAUGAAACUGAUAAUGUAAAUGAUGGGAAGUUGAUUAUUUUUGUUAAGAACUAUGAUACAGGUGAAGUUUCUAAAUGGUUGGCACAAUUACCUUUAAAUCACACUGUUGAAAUCAGAGGUCCAUUUGUGGAAUAUCAAAUUCAAGACCAAAUCGACCACAUUAACUUCUUUGUUGCAGGAACAGGAAUUGUAAGUCCGUUGCAACUUUUAUUGAAUCCAUAUACAAGUGGUAUUCAAAGACCACAUGUAAAUUUAUUUUACUCGUCAAAUGAUUUACAAAAUGAAUUAGGUCCACUGAAAAAUGUUUUAUAUAAUAGAUUAUAUGACCUGGCUGUUAAGAAACACGGACUUUUUCAAUUAUGGACUUUUGAAGAUUCAAAAAAACAAAAUAUUUCUGAUAUGAAGAAUUUAAAAAAUUUUAUAAAAGCUGUACCUCCUGCUUCUAAAUUAUCAGACAAUAAUACACUCUCUUUAGUGUGUGGUCCAGAAAGAUAUAUUGAGACAAUUGCAGGUAAAAAAUACGAUUUUUCUCAAGGACCCGUGGAGGGGAUCUUAGGUCAAAAGGGAUGGUCGAAUAAAAAUGUUUUUAAACUAUCAUAA